AUGGGUCGUGGAAAGAUUGAGAUCAAAAGGAUCGAGAAUAUCAACAGCAGGCAAGUCACAUUCUCCAAGAGGAGAAGUGGGUUGCUCAAGAAGGCUAAGGAACUUUCCAUUCUAUGUGAUGCUGAGGUUGCUGUCAUUGUCUUCUCCAACACUGGGAAGUUGUUCGAGUUUUCCAGUAAUGGUAUGAAGCGAACAGUUUCAAGAUACAACAAAUGCCUUGAUUCUCCAGAGGCUGCUGCAGUGGAAUAUAAGACAAGGAAGGAAGAUUCUAAGAAGGUGGAGGUUCUAAGAGAUGAAAUUGCAGAGCUAGAAACAAAGCAAUUACGUUUGUUGGGUGAGGACCUGACAGGAUUGGGCUUAAAGGAAUUGCAAAAUUUAGAGAAGCAACUUAAAGAAGGGUUAUUGUCUGUCAAGGAGAAAAAGGAGGAAUUACUCUUGGAGCAACUGGAGCAGUCUAGAGUACAGGAACAAAGGGCUAUGUUGGAGAAUGAAACUUUGCGAAGACAGAUUCUGGAGCUUCGUUGCCUGUUUCCGCUAACAGAACAUGUGGUCCCAUCUUAUCUUCAAUGUAACCAUAUGGAAAGAAAAAAUACUUUUGUAAAUACUAGUGCGACAUGUCCCAGCUUGGCCAGUAACUCUGGAAAUGAGAAAGGAGGUUCAGACACAACAUUGCAUUUGGGGUAUAGUCCUUCUUCUCUUGUCGUUUCUAUUCUUGUUUCUGGUUGUCUUAUACUCCUUUUUUCUGCUGUAUCGAUGGUUGGGUUUACAGAACCUAUCCCUGGUCUCGUACUUCCUGAACCGGAAGUAGAAAUUAAGGAAGAGGAGUUUGAUGAAGCCUUUGAGGCACUGGGGGAUAGUGCAGUGGGGCCAACAAUGCGAGAGUAUCUGGCUAAUGUUGUUAAUGUACCGUUUGGUUCUAUGAGCCCACUAUGUACCCUUUGA